UUUCUUUUUGCCGCGAAAUUCAAUACAGAGACGCAUCAGGCUGUCCAUCACGUGCACAGCAGAAGCUCCCUUCUGGGCUCUCUCGACAGUACAUUCAGCUUACGCAGCUGAGGCAGAUGGUUGGGUAUCGCCCACCCUGGCCUGCAUACUGCGGCUUAUGUAAAGAACCCCGCAGCCGAAGGCCAAUACACGUUGCGAAACCAAGAUGAAGUUUCUACAGCCUGGUCGACUUCAACAAUGGCAUUUUACUUCUCACGACAAAUCUGAUUCCACAUCGUCCCAAUGUCCCGACGCAUGCCGAUACAGCACCAUCCAAGCCAGUUUUCCUCAUCUGGUACAUCAAGUCCACUCGAACAGCCACCCUGCGAAUACAUCGAUGGCGUAAUGCUGGAUUGGUCUGGCCGCGGCACAUCUCACGUGGAUUUCGAUAAGUCAGAAGUACUUCCUCUUACACAGGGCGAGUUCCUCGGACAUGGGAUGCACGGCGGUGUAUACGAGACCAGUUGCAAUGGCGUCAAGCUCGCCUGGAAACGCAAGUAUUGUCGUCGCAAGAUCGGUGAAAGAGAGAUGCGCGAGAUUGAGAUCAUCAAAAAACUCUCGCAUCGUCAUAUUAUCCGGAUGAUGGGAACUUACACGCACGGCCCAUUCCUUGGGUUGUUAUUGUGGCCUGUUGCGACCUGCGAUCUCGCGACUCUUCUUGAGGAUGUGGACUGGCUACAAAAGAAGGUCUUGGUCGAGAAUGGGGAUGCGCCUGGGUUAUCGGAAAAGCAAUCCGAACACGAUGUCGAUCGCGAAGCAAGAUUUCGCGCGCUUGGAGUCUUAAUCCGAGAUCCAGAAAUUGACAGCCACCCAGCGAGACAUUUCCUCAAACAGUCCAUCGGCUGCAUAGCGAGCGCAGUAGCUUAUCUCCAUGCGUCUAACGUCAAGCAUAAAGACUUGAAGCCAUCCAACAUCCUACUUUCCAGGGACGGGCUAUGGCUGGCAGACUUUGGUACGGCGACAGACUUCUCCGUGUUGACUUCGAGUGUGACCGAUGAAGGAGAUCGGGGUACACAGAAGUAUUUUGCCCCGGAAGUCGCUAGGUUCGCGCCCAGCGGCCGCUCAGCAGAUAUAUUCUCUCUGGGCUGUAUCUUGUUCGAAGUCGUGACUCUGUACAUUGGAUAUACCCUUACUUUCAGCCAGCGGCUUCGUCGGUCGCACGACAAAUCUUUUCAAUCGAAUCUUGACCAGAUUGUCGGGUGGUUUGAGGAAGCCAUCCCCAUUGCAUCAACAGCUGCCGAUGAUUAUCUCCUCGGCCUCGUGCGAUGGAUGAUGGAAGAAGAGGCAGCCAUGCGUCCAACCGCUGACGUGGUCGAAGAAGAAGUCUUUUUGAUCAGUGGCUUGGGCCUAGCGCUUUGUACACAACACGCUCGACAAAUCGAUUGGGGCUUCCAUCGACCUUGUUGCUUGCCAGAAGAGCGUCCCGAUCGAAGAAUAGGCCUGCUGCCAACCCCAAAACCUGUAAUCACGAUUAAAGUCACAUAUGGAACAGGCUACCUCAUGUCAAGUCACUCACUCGAAUGUACUGUCUAUCUCGAACACACUGGCGGCGGUCUUGUUGAAAGUGUUCACAUGUUUACUAGCUAGUCGAAAAUCCCAUAUGAUUUUCGACUCACCGCCUUACCAAAUACGCAGCAGAUAUGGGUACGACAUUGGUGCGUACGUCGUCCUUCGGCCAGGCUACGAGUGGAUUA